AUGGAGGAUUGGGACCAGAUGAUGACCGUCCCGAAAAUGCCGCAAAAAGCCCCUUGUCUUGGGAGUCUUGCUGGGUACGCCGAUGAUCAGGUUGAUUGCUUGCGGGCCAUCCGGAUGUACUCCUCGGCUAGCCUUUAUGUAUACUGUUCCAAGAAUCCGAUCUUCGCUGCAAUGGACAACGAGGAUAGUACGAAGUCCUCCGAGCGAGUCGUAUGGAUUAUUUCCCGCAGUAUUAGUGAGUCAAGUCAAGUCUUGAGUCUCAAGGAAUGUCGGGAGGACUCGACUCGGGAAAUGCAUAUUGUUUCGUCUUGUCCUGCGGAGGGGCGCGGAUUUAUAUAUGCUCCACUGUCUUACAUACUACCUACUACGGACACAUACUAUUGCCCUGCCCUGCCUUGCCUACUACUCCGUACUGCAGAUUUACAGGAAAUGUACAGAUCAAGUGCACGUAAAGAAAAAGACAGGGAAAAGGGGCCAUUCAUUUACCGUCGGGCAAAGAAGACAAGUGGACAGGUUCAGACCGGACGCGCUGAGGUCGUCUCGACUCGCGGGUCGAGCGCAAUCCCCGAUGUCGCCCGACCAGCAGCCCGCGAAAAGGUCGUCGUGCUCGGGUCCGGCUGGGGCGGGUACAUCUUCUCGCGCAGGCUGUCGGACGAGCAGUACUCGUGCACGGUCGUUUCCCCCCGGUCGUACUUCGUUUUCACGCCGCUCCUGACCGCGACCGCGGCCGGAAACCUUGACUUCUCCAGCAUCGUCGAGCCCGUGCGUGACCUCAAGACUCGCGUCGACUUCGUCCAGGCCGCGGCCCGCGCCGUCGAAUUCAAGCGGAAGGUCGUCAUCUGCGAGCCGACUAUCGUCCGGAGCGGCGUCACGGAGCAGCCGCGCGUCGACGAGCCCGAGCGAGAGAUCGACGAUGGGCCUGAUACGGGCUCCAAGCGCGGCAAAGAGCAUCUCCGCCAGUGGGAGGAGGCCGAGCGGUUUGAGAUCCCGUACGACAAGCUAGUCAUCGCCGUCGGGUGCAUGAGUCAGACGUUCAACACGCCGGGCGUGCGCGAGAACGCCAUGUUCUUCCGCGACGUGGGCGAUUCGAAGCGCGUCAAGCGCCGGGUCCGCGAGUGCUUUGAGCUGGCCAUCCUGCCCACGACGAGCGAGGAGAUGCAGCGGUAUCUGCUGCAUUUCGCCAUUGUCGGCGCCGGCCCGACGGGCACCGAACUGGCGGCCACGCUGCGCGACUUUAUCGUCAGAGACAUGGACCGGCUCUACCCGGCGCUGAGGGGCAAGGCGCGCAUCACGCUGUACGACAUUGCGCCGAAAGUACUGAGCAUGUUCGACGAGUCGCUGUCUCGAUACGCCAUGGAGACGAUGCGGAAGGAAGGCAUUGAGAUCAAAACGGCACACCACGUGCAGGAGCUCCGCUGGGGCGUUCCCUACACGGACGGGCCGCAUGAGAUGGACCCCAAGGGGUGUUUGACCCUCAAGACGCAGGAGGAGGGUGAAGUGGGCGUGGGCCUGUGCGUGUGGGCGACGGGGAAUGCGAUGAACAAGUUCAUCAAGUCCCUGGACGUCGUGAAGGAGUUCCCGACGUCGUCCGUGGUGCUGAAGAGCGGCGAGCCGCCGUCCGCCGUCGCCGAGAGCAGCAGCGGCGCAUGGCACGUCAAGAAGGCGCCGCGAACGGGCGCGCUGCUUGUGGACGGGCAUUUCCGGGUGCAGCUCGAGAGCGAGCAGGGCCAGACGGCCGUGCUGCAGGACGUGUUCGCGAUCGGUGACAACGCGAUGCUGGAGACGGGGGCGCCGCCGAUGACGGCGCAGGCGGCGAAACAGGAGGCGAAAUGGCUGGCUGAGCGGCUGAACAAGCGCGACCUGGAGAAGACUGACAAUUUCUCGUUCCGCAACAUGGGCAUGCUGGCGUACAUCGGCGACGCCAACGCGCUGAUGCAGAUCCCGCACGAUCGGUGGAACAACGGCGCCCGCAAGAUCAAUGGCUACCUGCCGGAGGGUCUCCGGGGGCGGACAGCCUGGUUGGUGUGGAAGCUUGCGUAUCUGAGCAUGAGUCUCAGCUGGCGCAACCGCUGUCGGAUUUUGUUCCGGUGGAUUGUGAACCGACUGUUUGGGACCGAUAUUUCGAGGUUUUAA